UGGUCUGACGGGAAGCCUGGGCGCUCGCGGGCAGCUGGCUGGCUGUGGAGUGAACGAACCCGGCGGCACCUCACACCGCAGUUCUGCGUCCGCCACAGCGCACGGCAGGUGGCUGCACCGGCACCAGCACCAUGAUCGGCUACUUGAGUGAGGCGUGCGGGUUGGCAUGGUGGUGCUGGUCGUGGUCUUGCCAGCUGGUGGGGGCCGCCGCGCUGCUGGGGCUGGCCGCCUGGCUGCUCACCGUCGCCCUCGACCUCCUGCACCCCCUGCGUCUGGUCGACCGCCUGCACCAGCGGGUCGUGCUCAUCACGGGCUGCGACUCCGGGUUCGGCGAGGCCCUGGCGCGGCGGCUGGACGCGCUGGGUGUGCCCGUGGUGGCGGGCUGCCUCUUCCCGGAGGGCCCUGGAGCCCAGCGGCUGGUCCAGGAGUGCUCCUCCAGGCUGCGCGUUCUGCCGCUGGACGUCACCUCGGAGCAGCAGGUGCGCGACGCCGUCUCCAGCGUCCGCGACAGCCUGGACGGACGGGAGCUGUGGGCGCUGGUGAACAACGCCGGGGUGCUGGAGGCGGGGGAGGCGGAGCUGGCGCCCCCGGAAGCGUUCGAGCGCACACUGGCCGUCAACACAGUGGGCGUGGUGCGCGUCACGCAGGCCUGUCUGCCGCUCAUCCGGCAGGCCAAGGGCCGCAUCGUCAUCGUCGCCAGUCCUCUGGGCAGGACAGCAAUGCCGAUACUGUCCCCGUACUGCAUGUCCAAGAGUGCCGUCAUAUCGUACUGCGACGCUCUGCGUGUCGAGAUGAAGAAGUGGGGCGUCUCCGUCUCCACAGUGGAGCCGUCCAGCUACAUGUCUGGUCUGAACAAUCCCGACCAUUUCAAGGCAACAGUUUCGAAGAAUUUUCAAACGUGCCCACUAAGUGUGAGGGAGGCUUACGGACUUGAUUACGAAGAUAAGUGCACGAAAAGGCUGUCUUUACUGACGAUCCUCGCGAAACAGCAUUCCUCUAUCGACGAAGUGACCCACGAGCUGGUCGACGCCUGCAUCGGAAGAUACUCCCAGGUGCGGCGGAUUCCUGGCCUGUGGGAGAGAGUUGUUUACGUGAUACUGCCACAGCUACCUUAUUAUAUGAAGGACAUCAUUAUGUUCCUGGUUUUCCAGUGGAGAAUAACCGUAUCGCCGCAAGCGAAAAGCUCAGAGAACCAUAGCGAAACGAAGUGAAAUUACUGAGGAAAAUACUCUUCUCUUUCCUCCACCUCUCACCACUUUUUUCUAGUAUUUCGUCCGUAACCAACGCCCCCUUCUCUGUAGAAGGCUACAAUAUAAACGAUUGUGGUCUCAGUAAUCUCCUCGUGACACAUUUAGACGGGAGGAAAAUUGUGGAUAGCGCGAAUAGUGUUGAUAAUGGCCACUUGGAGCAUAGAUUUUACACACACACAGGACGAGGCGUCUACGUUUCUCACUUCACAUAACGUAUGAUUAGUUAAAAAUAUGUUUAACCUCUUUCCACUUGCACCAUUUGUGAGUAGGUGUUCACGAAAUAAAGAUAUCGGGGUAGACACCUAGGAUUAAUCACGGAAGUACAGACACUGAGUUUGUUUUUCAAAUAGAACUAUGGUAUUUUUUUCGUCAGAGGAGCAGAUCAUAAGCGGCAAACCCAGUAAUUUAAUUUUUUUUUAAAUCUGACAUUGGAUAUGGUGAUUUCUGUGCUGUUACGGCCAUUAUAAUUGCGAACCGGCCAGAUGUUACUCCGCAAUUUUUUAUCAGAUCUGCAAAAGAGGCCUGUCACUGAAUUUGUAACUGCUUCUGGCGCAAAAAGAAUCUCGUGUCUAAACUUACUUAACUAAGUGUUAGUGACAGUUGUAUUUUUUUUAAAUAUGAUUUUAGGUAGCUUAUACAGUCACAAUCUACAAUCAAUUUUAUACAACACGUGAUAGAUUUUCCAAAAGGCCACCACUAAACUCAGUGCACUUUUCUACUCUCAGGAUAACAUGUUGCCUACCUGUUCUUAGAGCAUCCUUAGGUCCCUUUAUGGGGGAUGGGUAGGGGAGUUAGCAACGUUCAAGAUUCGAUCUAGAAGUUCAUCUCGCUUAGCUGUCUCUUUUUUCUAUAAUUUUCUUCUUCACAAAGCAUAGUAACAAAACAGAAAAUGUGUUAGUUGGAUGCUACCUCAUACGUAUGGUAGAGUGUGUAAGAUCUGUAAGUGCGUUUCAUUUAUUAUGACUAAUGAAGCGUAUUUGCCUAUAAUUGAAAGAAAUCAUGAUGCGUCAUUCCUCCCUCGAAAAUAACAUGACCAUUAACGAAAAAUGCGAUAUUGCACUGCCUGUGUUAUUCUGAAUUAUGAUCAAGGUUCCUUUGGAAAUGCAUGCGUAUCCAAAAGAAUAGGCACUGCGGCGACUACAGCUGUCAUGAAAUACACGAAAUGUAGUUUCCAAUAUGGACAACCAUCAGCAGUAUAAAGGAAUGACGACAAGGAAAAUUUGUGCCGGACCACGACUCGAACCCUCAUUUUCCGCUUAUUGCUAGCAGUCGCCUUACCAUUUGGCUAUCCAAGCAUGUCUCACGGUCACAUCAAAACUUCCAUAUGCCGUCAACCAUGUGUCUACAACCCGUACUCCUUCAUUCACGGUGUAUAUUCCCGUACAGGGGAGACAUUUCACUUGAAUGUCACCCUGCAUGGGAAUAUACAUAAUGGAUGUACGAAUACUGGUUGUAGACACAUGGUUGACGGCAUAUCGAAGUUUUGAUGUGACCGUGAGUCAUGCCUGGAUAGCCAAAUUGUAAGGUUGCUUGAUUUGGGGGACGGGACUAAACAGUGAGGUCAUUGGUGUCAUAGGAUUAGGGAAGUAUGAGGAAGGAAGUUUGCCGUGCCUUGUCGGUUAAACCAUUCCAGCAUUUGCCUCAAGCGAUUUAGGGAAAUCACGGAAGACCUAAAUCAGGACGGCCGGACGCGGUUUUGAACCGUCGUCCUCCCGAAAGCGAGUCCAGUGUGCUACCCACUGCGCCACCUCCCUCGAUGCCAAAUGGUAAGGCGACUCCACGUGACAAGUGGGAAAUGCAGGUUCGAGUCCCAGCCCGACACAAUCUUUCACUGUCGUCAUUCCAUUACACAGCUGUUGGGUGUCCAUAUUCGCAAUUCCGAAUGCAUUUCAUGUAUUAACGAAAAAACUCAGUGUACAUGAAAUGAAUUCUGCCUCGGAAAUCUUUCGUAAUAGAACAUUUUUGCUUCGUAAGAACUUUUCCUUCCUUCAUACCCCGUGUAAGUCAAAUUCUAAGGUACUAUGUCUGAGUCUGCUAGAAGAUAUUUUUCUCUGCGUAAACCAACCUUUAGGAAACUGGAAAUGCUGUAUUUGUUAUUUUUAUAUCUUUCGUUGUAAACUUUCUACUUUCAGUGCAGAAAAAGAUUGGAAACGGGUGGGUAAUGGUUUCCAGUCUGCCAACAUUAACAUAAGUAAAUAGGAACUGAACUAGUGCCGUAUUCUUAUUUUGGGCACAACAAUUGUCUGAGGAUAUGAAUAGGUGUCUAAUAUUCCCAUCAGUAAAGAUUCAGAAAGGUGACUACCUCAUUUGUCCUUUUCUUUCCAGUGGAUUCGUCAUACAUACAGAAGUGCACUGUCUUAUUCUUGGAUCCAUGACCACAGAAUUUAUACACUCGAAGUUGACGACUGUAAAGUGCAUCAGUCGAUGGUGCCUUGUUCCGCAGCUCGAAUGAGAAACAUCCCCAAGGCUGUGGCUAAGCCAUGUCUCCUCAAUAUCCUUUCUUUCAGGAGUGCCAGUUCUGCAAGGUUCGCAGGAGAGCUUCUGUAAAGUUUGGAAAGUAGGAUACGAGGUACUGGCGGAAGUAAAGCUGUGAGGACGGGGCGUGAGUCGAGCUUGGGUAGCUCAGUCGCCCGUGAAAGGCAAAGGUCCCGAGUUCAAGUCCUGGAUUUCUGAAAGUGUUGCAUUUCACUCGUGCCUUACAAUCGAAACCGCUAGUUCGACAAAUCCUUGUCCGUGUUGUUGGUCUGCUUUUCACGACGCUACAUAACGCUAUUAAGUAACUUAAGCAUGACUCUCAUUGUUCUUGAUUUUCUGUUUCACCGAAUUAUGUUAAGAUAGUUUCUCGUGAUGUGUAAGUAUCGACAAGCAGUUUUCCUUGCACUUGCAGUCUUUAUCAGGCUUCCUGCUUGUUACAAUUUUUCCAGCAACACCUCUAUAUUCCUUACCCCUAGCACAUUUCAACUUCUUCAGAUUCCUUUUCCAGCUCGAUGGAUUUCUAAAUCGUUUUCGACCACUUUGACAACUCACGUUCGUAUUUUCCUGUAAAGAUUCACUUCCUGUAUCAUUACUGGGGUUACAGUCACUGCCUGACUCGGCACAAGGUUCACUCACAUCACUAUCUUCCGCCGUUUCUCCAACUAACAACUGGAGAAAUCAAAGCUACAUGUACAAGAGCCGACAUGUGCUUCUCCCUACCGAGCGUCAGCUCAACCGCUCUGGGGAAGAGAGAGGUACAUCCUCGAGGUGCCGCUCUCCUGCCCCUAAUGCAAAAGGGUAAAGUUUCAAUCACCUGUAUUACCAUCAGUUUCCAGUGGAUCCCCUCAAUCUUGCAUCAAAGAUGCAACUAAUUUUGCUGCACACAUAGGUGCGAUGAAAAGUUUUUCGUGAAUUUUGGAGUUACCCCCCUCUUGCACCAAACCCUUCAAUUGUUGCCCCCUCCAGUCUGCAAAUGAUUUAUGCAAUAUCCAGAGACACACGAUAAAAAUAGGAAAACAGCGGCGAUUCUGGAAUAAAUAUACACACUGGCUGUUGCUCGGAACCUGUCAGGUGGAGGCUACAAGCCUCACAGCCACACUAAACUUGACGUCACAAGAUACUCCCCCCCUUGUCUGUCAUGUGAAAAGCCACACCUCCUUCCCUUUCCCCCCCCCCCACCCCCUCUCCAUCCACCUUAGUAUUUUAGUGGGCACCAAAAUAAGGUAGCCAAUUAAACUGCAGCUGCAAGGCUACGUAAACUUCACUUGAAUUGUGUAAAAAUGGUGCCAUGUUCAAAGAAAGUUGGCUCUGAAUUAGAUAUAUUGGCGCCAGCAACACACACAAGCACGCACACACACACACAUAUAUGAAUUUUGUAUCAUGUUCAAAAACGUAUUUAUAUGAAUUUUUUGCAGCAGUUUCAAAAUAGGAUAAAUACAGAAGCUCUGUCUUUACAAUAUAUCAGGGUAAUGAGGGUAACGUGUUAUGUACUUUAGUGUAGGAAUUUGCUGGAUGAGUUAGAGAGAGAUAGCCAGACAGCGAGAAACGUGAGC